ACUGGGUUUAUACAUUAGUCUACCACUGUGAUAUUUAAACGACACUCCGAUCCGCGCUCCAUCAGCUCUCUUACUUGCAUUUCUUUUCAGUACUGACAGGUGUCGUGCAUGUGCGGUACCUUGACCCACUACGAGCGAACUUUCACCCAUGUACUUUGACCCCGCUACGUGCGAAGAAGGACUUUCAUCUUCCUUUGAUACAUAAUUUUUAAAAACCUGUUACAACUACUGCAUAGUUAGUCACAGGAGAAAGAUGGACGUGGGAUCUUCCCUGUUUCUGCUCGGUUCGUCUGCUGUUGCGGUAUGGUACAUCUUCGUUCGCCGAGCCACCGGCGGGCCCGCAAACUUCCUGCACCGGAAGACUGGAAAAGCCGACCCCUCGGCCGGGUACGGUCUAAAAACUGCAAGUUUACCUCCCGUGACUGGGUUCCCGCUGAAGAUCCUCACAACUGUUCUCAACUCUGUCUUUGGGACAAAAAUUCUCAUUCCCAAUGCAUACAAGAAUUCCAACGGUGAUCUCCUGAGGAAGAUUGUGAUUCCAGAGGACCCCACCAUGUAUCCCAUCAUGCCAUUUGAUGGUCCCAGCAUACCUUUGGGCAGCAAGACCUCCACUGACCUUGCUGACCUCACACGACCCAGAUCGAGGUCCCCAGAUGACUUUCACCACUGGGAAGUGGCAGACUUCAUACAGGCCUACACCUCAGAGACCAUGACACCCACAGAAGUUGCAGAGCGAGCCAUCAGGGCCAUCCAGGACAGUGACAGGAGGAAACCUCCACUAAGGGCCAUCAUUCAGUACAAUGUGGAAGAAAUAAGAAAGAUGGCUGCUGCCUCGACUGAGCGGUACAGAAACAACUCCCCCCUGUCCCCACUGGAUGGAGUUCCAGUCUGUAUUAAGGAGGAGCUUGCUGUGGUGCCUUACUACCACCGGAGUGGUACAGACUGCCUUGGCUGCGACGCCCCUUCUACUGUAGACUCUACUGUCGUGGCCAAGUUACGGGAGGCAGGCGCGGUCAUUCUGGGCGUGGCCAACAUGCACGAACUGGGGAUGGGAGUUACCGGAUGUAACCCUAACAAGCUCCAUGGGACAGCCAGGAACCCAUAUAACCCACAGCACUUCACAGGGGGCAGCUCCAGUGGGUCCGCUUCUGCAGUGGGUGCAGGGAUUUGUCCCAUCGCCAUAGGAACUGAUGCAGGUGGUUCUGUACGCAUCCCUUCAGCCUUGUGUGGGGUGGUGGGCCUGAAAGGUACCUUUGGACGAGUGAGUGACCAUGGUGGUAAACUGCCAGACACCCCGUGUGAAUGUGCCUCACUCCUGCAUGUCGGUCCCAUUGCUGCUUCUGUCAGGGAUGCUGCCAUUGCCUUUGCACUGACAGCAGGGCCUGACCCCAAGUACCCUCAUGGUUUGAACCAACCAAUCAUCAACCUUGAGAAUCUUGACAACACCAACCUGACUGGUAUCCGGGUGGGGGUGGACUGGCGCUACCUCAGGCAUUCCUCCAACUGUAUAGUUGCGGCUUGUGAGAAAACGAUCGAGCACCUGGAGAACUGUGGCGCGAACAUCGUGGACGUGCAGAUCCCAGAACUGGAGGAGGCGAGAAUCGCUCACACCUGCAUCGUCGUCAUGGAGAUGGCUGCUGCAAUGGCGGAAAGUUUCAGUAAACAGUACGACAAGCUGACACUGCCCAGUCGUGGACUACUGGCCAUGAGAGACACUGUCCCAGCUUUUGACUACAUCCAGGCCAUGAAGCAGAGGACUCGCACCAUGAAUUUUCUGAAGGAGAUCUUCAACAAGGUGGAUGUGAUCAUCACACCUGGCACUGGUAUACUAGCACCUCGGACAAACCCUGGUGAGCUGACCUACGGCAAGGCCCCAGAUGAAAAGGACAGUGCUCUCAUGAGAUACAUGUUCCUGGGUAACCUGGCCGGCAUCCCCGCUGUGACCGUCCCCAUUGGUUACAGCAGCAACAACAACCUUCCCAUGAGCCUCCAGGUGCAGGCGGGGUGGUGGCAGGAGGGUGUGAUGCUGAGGGUGGCCCAUGCUGUGGAGAAGGGCACCAAACAUGCCAAACCUCAGGUCCACUUCUCCCUGCUGGGCUAACUACGAGUCAUCCAAAUACUGUAAAUGCAUUUAAUUUCGUGGCAGCAAGAAAAUGGAGUAUUUGCAGUGGUUUUGCGUUUGUGGUAGCACCCUACACUGCAGUCCCAUACUGUAAUGGAAAAAUAUUCUUGAUAGUUUUAGCUUGCGGUAGUACAGCCACCACAAGAACCAUUAACAUAAAACCACUGCGAACAUUUCUCCAUUUACAGUAGAGUGUAAAAUGUAACAUUCCCUCACUUCUAAAAGUUCUAGGCUUUACUAGCCUGGUGUAUAGACAUGAUUGUCAUUUAUAUAUUUGCCUAAAUUAUAGUUGGGAGCUCCGAUUGGGUCUGAGCAAAGAGUCACAUGGUCUUUAUAAUGACAUGGUAGCAGGGUUCGGACGUUCCAGCCCCCUUACACUGCUUCUGAGGUAUUUUGAUUUCCAAAACAUUGCAGGACAUAAGGACCAAACAUUUAAAUGAGCAUGGGGACCAGACUAUUCCACAUAGAAGCAAUCAUUGGAGCAAACCAGAGCUAGAAUAGAUGAAUUCCAAACUGAGGAUCGAGCAAUUAUUGAGAUGGAAACAGUUAAAAAGACAUCAACAGCUCCAGUCAAAAUGAUCCUGAAGUAGAGUUACUUAGUGGUAAAUGCUUUCUGCUUAUAAUCAUGUUUUCACAGAUAUGUCUUUAUUUCUUGAUUAACAGAGUUACCAAAAAUCUUUAUGAAUAUAUGGCUUUAUUGUUGUUUAUAGGCCUUGAGGCAAAUGCAGAGAGCAGUUGAUUGACUUUGAAGUGCUGCCUGGUUUAUGAUAUAAAUCAUAGCUACGGCUAUAAAAACUAUCACUAGCAUAUUAUAAUAAAGGGAACAAGAUGACUAUAAAUUUAUGACACUGAGGUCAAAUGAAUAUUAGUUUUAUGAUGUAUGGUUUUAUUUAGUAAAGACAUCACAGGCAUGAAAUUUAAAA